GGCCCCGGACUACACUACCCAGAACGCACGUUUGUAGCGAGACGGACUGCAUUUCCCACAAGUCCCGCGCGCGCCCCGCCAUCUCCUGGGAAGGGUAGUUUUGGACGGAGUAAGAGACACGCGCAAGCGCAGAACCGUCACAAGCCGAACGCCCUCAGUCCUCCAGGCGCUGGCAGGCGGCUCAGCGGGCCUCUCUGGAUGGUUCUGGGCCUCCCUGGGGGCUGCACUUGGGCCGAAGCUUUGCUCUGAAGGCGUCAUGGCGUGCUUGGCCCUCAUGAUGGAGGAGCAAGCUUGGCUCUCCCCGGCCUCCGCCCUGUGCCAGAAGUGGAGCCAGGAGGAGGACGACAGAAGGUCUGGCCUUUCCACGGCCGGCUCCCUGGGCUUGGUGACAUUCAGGGACGUGGCGGUGGUCUUCACCCAGGAGGAGUGGAGCUGGCUGGACGCCGCCCAGAGGGCACUGUACCAGGACGUGAUGCUGGAGAACUACGAGCACCUUGUCUCCUGGGGUGGUGCCCCCGGGAGCCGUUGGCUUCAUGAAGCCAUCCAUCAGCAAAGGCCAGGCCCACUGUCUCCUGCUGGCAAAGAGGCCCUGCCUCGAGGGCCCCCAUCCCGGGGGCAACACCGAGACCAGAGUGGUGGAAAGGAGCGGGGGGGGAGGCCCUGCCCUGGCUAA